UUAUUACGGCUAAUUUCCAUUUAUUUUCUCUUUGUUUUCUUUCAUUUAAGAAUUGCUUGCAGAGUGUGAAUUGGUUAAUUUAAUUUAUUAUCGUCUUCAGAUAAAUGUGAUACAGAAUCACUAUGGAGCUUUUGCAUUUGGGUCUGAAGUUUUUUUUUUUUUCCUGUUAUUACUGUUGAUUUUAAGAGCUGUUUGUAAACUACUUACCUAACUGUCAUCUUCUUUUACCAAUCAAUGAUUUUUAUUUUUUCUUGAAUUUAUUAUUCCCACUGUUUAGAAGCUUGAGCUUGCUGAUAAAUUCUGUCGCUCAUAAAUAUAUUUUGUUUCCAUAGUUAGUAUUAUCCUAGUACUUUUUCUUUUUCGCUUUUUAUUUCUUUUACAUCUUGAUUUGCUGAUACUGCCACUUUUCACAUUCGAAAUUUCAGCUUGCGCAUUAAAAGAAUAAACAUGAGGCCCUUGCAUGGUAACUCGAUUAUGGAGUUCGUUUAGAAGCAAUGAAUGUGGGUUCAAUAGUUUCUCUUAGUUAGUUUCGUGAUCAUCUAGUGAAAUUUAUUCUUGGUUUUGGCAUCAAUUUGUGACUUUCUGCUACUGUGGCAUUUUAAUGGAUUCCAGUCUCCUUGUUUAUUGAAAUAUCAUCAAAUUACUCGACUUCAAUUGAUUCUGUUUAUUGUAGCAGCGCAAUCAGGUUUAAUUUGCGCAAUACGACAGCAACUGUAAUUGCUUGAUCACUCUGUUACAUCUUCUCAAUGGCAAAGGAAGAAUCAGUUUCUGUGAAAGACACUGUUUAUAAGUUGCAACUUUCCCUUCUUGAAGGCAUAGAAAAUGAGGACCAGCUACUAGCGGCUGGGUCUCUGAUGUCUCGUAGUGACUAUGAAGAUGUUGUCGUUGAGCGUUCAAUUGCAAACCUCUGUGGUUAUCCACUUUGCAACAAUUCUCUGCCAUCAGAUCGUCCUUACAAGGGUCGAUACCGCAUUUCAUUGAAGGAGCACAGGGUUUAUGAUCUACAGGAAACAUACAUGUAUUGCUCUUCCAGUUGCCUAGUCAAUAGUCGAGCUUUCUCCGAAAGCUUACAGGAAAAGAGAUGCUCAGUUUUAAAUCCAAUCAAACUUAAUGAGAUUCUGCGGAAGUUCAAUGAUUUGACUUUAGAUUCUGAGGGUUUAGGGAGAAGUGGGGACUUAGGGUUGUCUAAUUUGAAGAUUCAGGAGAAGUCAGAAACCAAUGUUGGGAAAGUGUCUUUGGAAGAGUGGAUUGGUCCAUCAAAUGCAAUUGAGGGCUAUGUUCCACAAGGAGAUCGUGAUCCCAAUCCUUCAUUAAAAAAUCAUAAAGAAGGAUUAAAAGCUAUCUGUAAGAAACCAGUCAGUAAACAAGAUUGUUUCUUUAGUGACACGGACUUCACAAGUACUAUAAUCACAAAUGAUGAAUAUAGCAUUUCAAAAGGUCCCUCUGGCUUGACAAGCACUGCCUCUGACAUUAAAUUACAAGCACAAACAGGGAAAGGACAUGAAGGCUUAAAUGCCCAGUUGUCUUCUCUUAGAAAGCAGGACUCUAUUAAGGCAUCAAGAAAGUCAAAAGGGAGGAGGAAAGAAAAAGUCAUAAAAGAACAACUUAACUUUCAAGACCUGCCUUCAUCUUCAUAUUAUACUGCUGAAGCUGAAGAUAUAUCUCAAGCUACAGGAGCAGCGAAUUUGAAUGAAUCAGUGCUCAAACCCUCUCUCAAAUCUUCUGGGGCAAAGAGAUCUAAUCGCUCCGUCACCUGGGCUGAUGAGAGAGUUGAUAAUGCUGGAAGUAGAAACCUUUGUGAGGUUCAGGAAAUGGAACAGACAAAUGAAAGUCAUGAGAUUUCAGAGAGUGCGAACAAGGGGGAUGAUGGUCACAUGUUGCGUUUCGAAUCAGCAGAAGCCUGUGCAGUAGCAUUGAGCCAGGCAGCAGAAGCUGUUGCAUCUGGAGAUGCAGAUGUGAAUAAAGCCAUGUCUGAAGCUGGGAUCAUCGUAUUACCACCUUCUCAGGAUUUGGGUCAAGGAGGUAACGUGGAGAAAAAUGAUAUGAUUGAACAAGAAUCUGCUUCUCUUAAGUGGCCAACAAAACCGGGGAUUCCACAGUCUGAUUUAUUUGACCCUGAGGAUUCAUGGUAUGAUGCUCCACCAGAGGGAUUCAGUUUGACGUUAUCCCCAUUUGCAACAAUGUGGAUGGCACUCUUUGCAUGGGUAACGUCAUCUUCUUUGGCUUAUAUAUAUGGGAGAGAUGAAAGUGCCCAUGAAGAUUAUUUAUCUGUUAAUGGGAGGGAGUACCCUCGGAAGAUUGUCUUGAGAGAUGGUCGUUCUUCUGAAAUCAGGCUUACUGCCGAAAGUUGUCUUGCUCGGACUUUUCCUGGACUUGUUGCCAAUCUCAGGCUGCCAAUACCAGUAUCCACACUGGAGCAAGGAGCGGGGCGCUUGCUAGAAACAAUGUCCUUUGUUGAUGCACUUCCUGCAUUUAGGACGAAACAAUGGCAGGUUAUUGCUCUUCUCUUCAUUGAGGCGCUCUCUGUAUGUAGGAUUCCUGCACUUACUUCAUACAUGACCAGUAGGAGGAUGGUGCUUCACCAGGUGCUGGAUGGCGCCCAUAUAAGUGCAGAAGAGUAUGAUAUUAUGAAGGAUUUCAUGGUACCUCUAGGUCGAGACCCUCAAGCAAGGAGUGGAGCAUAGCGUCUCGAAUAUUUUGUUCAGUCUUUUAUUAUGGAAGUCUUGGGUUAAUGACCCUAUGCUUAGACCAAUUUUUAUAACUCCAAUGCAAAUAUCUUGAGAUGAUUUCCAUUAUCAGUACUAUAUACCACAUCAGUGCUGUUAGUGCAGAAGAAGCAAAAGAAUUUUUUUGUAAGAAAAAAAAAAUCAGGCGACAUGCAUUGAAUUGUCAGUAGUUGGAUAUGAAAAAUGUUGAUUCAGGUCGACAUUUUCUGUAAAGGUAGUAUUUGUUUGUUGCGCUCUGUUAAUGCGGCAUUAGGUAAGAUUUGUUCAUAUAAUGUAAUGUAAUGAAUAGACACUGAAAUACAUACAGAUGUCAAGUGUCUGCUAA